AUGUUCGAUCCUGCUGCUCCUAAGGAGUCGGUUCAACAGAGUAAACGACCGAUGCGCAAAAGAAAAAAGGCUGUUAAAAGUCCAUACACUGCCUUUGGAUCGACAGAUCCACCUUCCAAAAAACAACGAACAAAGAGAGAAACCAAAGGUCGAAAAGGAAGAAAGGGAAAAAGGGGGAAAAAAGGGAAAAAGGAUCAUGUGGAAUCUGAUCCCAAAGAUUCUGUGCCUCCAAUUGAUGAUGAUGAAGUUCAUGUGGAAUCUGAUCCAAAGGAUUCUGCUCCCAAGGAUCAUGCGACCCAAAUUGAUGAUGUAAUUCAUCAAGAAGUUGAUCCCAAAGAAUCUGAGCCGGAGAAAUCUGAGUCCAAGGAAUCUGAGCCCAAGGAAUCUGAGCCGGAGAAAUCUGAGCCCAAAGAAUCUGAGCCCAAGGAAUCUGAGCCGGAGAAAUCUGAGCCCAAGGAAUCUGAUCCCAAGGAUCCUGCGAUCCCAUUGGAUGGUGAUGUCCCGGUGCAAUCUACGGUGGUGGAAUCUGAGAUUCCUACUGGUCAACGCAAACGCCCUGUUUACGUAUGGAUUCCUCGAGAGCCUAUAAUAAUGGACAAUAUUGUGCGAGCUGAGUCUUUUGUUGAAACGACCACAAGAAAAGCAAAUGCGCUCUUCAAGUUUAUGCAAAAACCAAGAGAAGAGAGGUUUUGGAUAUCGAGGUUGAAUCACGUAAGGAAAUCACGAUUUUUCGAAGACUUUCUACAAGAAGGUGUAUGGCUCAAAGACAAUCAUAUCGACGAAGCAAUGCACGAAAUCCGGAAACGUGUAAAAAAAUUUUCACCGUGCCACAGGAAGUACUUCCUCUGUGACGUACGUUGUUGUGAAUACUUCAAAUGGUGGGAAAUGGGGCAAAAAGAAAUCGGUGGUGUUGGACAAUACAUGAGUGGGGACUUGCCACUUGACGGUGGUAGCAGGAAAUUGGAACACUACAAAGGUUUCAUCAGUGUGCUGAAUAUUCCGUCCUUGGCAAACCCUAACAUAGGAGUCCAUUGGGUCACCGUUAAAGUGGACUUCACCAGGACUGUGAUCGAAGUGUACGACUGCAACCCAAAUAUGAAGGAGGCCACGGUUAAAGUCAUUCAUCACUUAAGCAGAAGUAUCCCAGAUGCCUUCAGGGUUAGCGGGACCGGCCGAAUUGACGUUUCAAACAAGUUUUCCAUCGACUUUGUAUCUGGCAUACCUCAAAACGAAACAGGAAGUGAAUGUGGUGUGUACAGCAUCAAAUAUGCAGAAGCACUCUACAUGGGUGAACCGAAGUUAUUGGAGGAAGUCAACGAUGAGGUAAUAUAUUUUAUACGUGAAAAACUUGCUUGCGAUAUAUUUGCUAAUGGCCAAGAAGUAACGGUGUCUCCAGAGGAACGUCAAGAUUCUUCUUCAUGAACC